AUGUGGUUUUCAAAAAAAACUACAGUGAUUGCGCUUUUUUUUGUGACAAUUUGUAUGGUUCAAAGAGUGUUAUCGCAAGACCUCAUAAAUAUAGAGGUCAAAAACCUCCUAAAAAUGCAACAUGGUUUGGGCUGGCCUUACGUUCUUCGAGUGGCAGAGGGAAAUGAGGCUCUUCUGCGACUGGAUAAAAAAUUAGAAGAUUUAAAGUCUUGCGAUAUCACUACACCAUUUGGCCUGACCUUUGAUGUCCAAUCACCGCCUAGUAAUAGAUAUGCAAAAUGGAGUGACGGUUGCGGUGUAAGAAUACGCAGUAUUGCAAUGACAGAUGAAGGAAGAUGGCGUAUGACUGCGACAGCCGGAAAUAAUUCUUUUACAGGAUGGUCCGAAGUAUAUGUUGAAGAAUCCAAGUCCACGUACUCAGCUGCGCCGAUAGCACUUAGAGAUGGCGAGACGGAAACAGAGGUUGAAUUAACGUCUCUUGAAAAUUCUUAUUGUCUCGUGUCAAAACCUUUUUCUGAAAGUUCAUUGGUACCCGGACACUGCAGCGUUACCCUUGACCGCGCAACAAGAGCGAUUCAAGGAAGUUGGAAUAUUUUACUGGGACUUCCUGGUCAAGUUUCCGAGUUGGAAGUACAACGUCAAGUCACAGUAGAAACGGAGCGCCUGGAUGUGGGUUAUGUGUACGACAGGAGUGAAAACAAAUUGCAUCUGUAUUGCAACAUUCUGCAUACCUCCAAGAAUAUAACAUUCUGUCGCUUUCAGAAGACUUCGGAAUCAUUUGGUUAUAACAUAGGGGAUGGUCUCAGCGAUGGGCGACACAGUUAUUAUGGAGAUGGCUUUGCAUUAAAACAAUGUGGUUUAACGUUAGAAAAUCCAACGGCUAAUGAUUAUGGCACAUGGCGGUGUUCUGUUGGAGUCCAGAUGUGGGAAGGGAAUGUUAUAAGACCGCAAACGCCAAUGCAAGCUUUAAUAAGUGUUCCGCAAGACGCAGUAGGUUUAAGAAUCGCUGGCCAAAUAAGGAAUUCUGACGAUGAAGAUGUGAGGACCAUAUUCGUUCAAUCGUACAUGCCUUUCACUAUCACAUGCAAAGCAAAUGUGUCUCUUUCUUAUUGCUGGUUCCAACACCCGAAUGGGACCCAGUAUACGCCGGCACAACGUCUUGAUGAGGAGCAACUGUUUUGGUAUACUGGUGAAAGUCUGCAAACAGGAGAUUGCGGCAUUACUUUCUCUCAUACAACAUCAGAGGAUGCUGGCAAAUGGAUAUGUCACAUGGGUCCAAGAGAUCAAUUGGGUAUAGAAAUAACAGACCAUGUGGUUUUAAGAGUUACUGGUUCAUUGGCAGCAAAUAAAAAGGAAGUUGGAACCAAUAUUGGUCGCACUGCCACCUUAUACUGUCAUACAGCAAAUGGUAACAGACCGCUCGACUAUUGUCGAUUCUUGUCACCUAACUUCGUUGGGAUAAGAAUUGAUGAGUCCGUUACGGAAAACAGCGCAAUAUUAAACCGUUACUAUUUUACACCGAAUCGGAGUCUAGAUUACGGUGAUUGUUCUUUAACGAUAAGUCCUGUUAAUGAGGAAGAUAUCGGAGUAUGGACUUGCGCGGCCUUAAUUGAUCAGGAGACGCUAGAAGGCAGAGACGUAAUCACUCUUUAUAUUGAUGCUUCCACUGCACCACUGUUUACAGCUGGUAUAGUCGGAAUAUCACUGGGAGCAGUGGUGCUAGUUGUGGCUCUUGUUGGAGUUUUGUUGUAUAAGCGUUACUGGCCCAAGUUGCCGUGGAGGAGGACAUCUUCACCGAGUUCAUCCGUGGACAAUUUCUCCAUGGAAUCCAUGUCACAGACAUCCUAUGAUCAGUGA